AUGGGAGCCCGCGCGGCCAGACUGUGCUUGCUUCUGUCUUGCUUUUCUGUAUUUAGGGUUGAGCCCGUGGCGGAGUUGAAGCGCACGGUGCAGCGCCAGGCCUCAGCACUCACAUGGAGAGCCGGUGCAGAGCUGCAACAGGAGCCUGCUCCUGAGUCCAGCCACAGCUACCAGGAGACGGGCCUUGCAGUGGAAGAUGUCGCAACAGCUACGGAAAGCCAGGUGCACAAUGACCCACAGUGUGGCUCCGCCCACUACACCUGCCCGAGGUCUGUCAGCCUCUUCCUUUCCGGUGAACGUGAGAUCUUCCUGGCCAAGGAGGUCACCCAUGGAGGUGUAAGGGUCCAGCUGCCACAGGCAGUGGGGGGCGUGCAGCUGCAGCAGCUGGCUGGUUAUGUCAUCGCGCGGCAUCCGUCAGCCUUCACGCUGGCCUGGGAUGGCGUCUCGGCUAUCUACAUCAAGAUGAGCCCUGAGUUUCUGGGCUGGACCCACGGGCUGUGUGGGAACAACAACGCCGACCCUCAGGACGACCUGGUGACCAGUUACGGGAAGCUGACUGAUGAUAUAGGGGAGUUUGUGUACAGCUGGCAAGAGCAGAUCCCCAACAGCCCUCCAGGACCUGGGACUGCUUCCCUGCCUCGCCCACCAUGCCUGCAGCAGAGCCCGGCCUCCAUGCAGGGUGUGUACGAGCGCUGUGAAGCCCUGUUGAGGCCUCCUUUUGACACCUGCCAUGCCUAUGUCAGCCCUCUGCCCUUCGCAGCUAGCUGUACCAGUGACCUCUGCCAAUCAGGAGGUGAUGAAGCCACUUGGUGCCGAGCAUUGACGGAAUACGCCCGGGCUUGUGCACAGGCAGGGCGCCCUCUGCAGGGCUGGAGGACCCAACUCUCACAAUGCACUGUGCACUGCAAAGAGAAGGCUUUCAUCUACAACGAGUGCAUUGCUUGCUGUCCGGCUUCCUGUCAGUCCCGUGCUUCAUGUGUAGACAGUGAGAUCGCCUGCGUGGAUGGCUGCUACUGCCCCAAUGGACUGAUCUUUGAGGAUGGGGGCUGCAUGUCACCAGCCGAAUGUCCCUGUGAGUUCCAUGGGACCCUGCACCCACCUGGCUCUGUGGUGACAGAGGACUGCAAUGCCUGUACGUGCACUGCAGGGAAGUGGGUGUGCAGUUCUUCUGUCUGUCCAGCUGAAUGCUCAGUGACUGGCGACAUCCACUUCACAACCUUUGAUGGACGCCGGUACACAUUCCCCGCCACGUGUCAGUACAUCCUCGCCAAGAGCCGUUCCUCAGGCACAUUUACCGUGACGUUGCAGAACGCCCCAUGUGGCCUGAACCAGGAUGGGGCCUGUGUCCAGUCAGUGUCGGUGAUCCUCCACCAGGACCCUCGGAGACAGGUGACCCUCACCCAGGCAGGAGAUGUUCUUCUGUUUGACCAGUACAAGAUCACCCCACCCUACUCAGAUGAUGCUUUCGAGAUCCGGAGGCUGUCCUCCGUGUUCCUGAGGGUGAGGACCAACGUGGGCGUGCGGAUCCUCUAUGACCGGGAAGGGUUGCGGCUCUACCUGCAAGUGGACCAGCGAUGGGUGGAGGACACCGUGGGCCUCUGUGGCACCUUCAACGGCAACACACAGGACGACUUCCUGUCUCCAGUGGGUGUCCCUGAGAGCACCCCACAACUGUUUGGCAAUUCGUGGAAAACCCUGUCUGCCUGUGCCCCGCUGGCCCCCGGCUCCUUGCUGGAUCCCUGUGAUGUGCAUCUGCAGGCUGCCUCCUAUGCACUGCAGUCCUGCAGUGUGCUCACGGGGGAGCUCUUUGCACCCUGCUCCGCGUAUCUGAGCCCAAUUCCCUACUUCGAGCAAUGCCGCAGAGAUGCCUGCCGCUGCGGGCAGCCCUGUCUGUGUGCCACGCUGGCCCACUACGCGAGACUAUGCAGGCGCCAUGGGCUCCCGGUUGACUUCCGCGCCCAUCUGCCAGCCUGUGCACUGUCCUGUGAGGCCACUAAGGAGUACAGCCCUUGUGUGGCCCUGUGUGCACAAACGUGCCAGGACCUGGCCAGCCCUGAUGCCUGUGGGGCUAACGGUGGUGGCAACUUCAGCAGGGAGGAGUGCGUGGAAGGGUGCACCUGCCCACCGGAUACAUUUCUGGACACACAGGCUGACCUCUGCGUCCCCAGGAACCAAUGCUCUUGCCAUUUCCAAGGAGUGCACUACCCCCCUGGGGACAGUAACAUCCCUUCGCUGGGCCACUGCCACUGCAAAGAUGGGGUCAUGAGCUGUGAUAGCCGAGUCCCAGCUGCAGCCUGUCCAGCAGGCCAGGUGUUCGUGAAUUGCAGUGAGCUGCACCCAGACCCUGAGCUCAGCAGGGAGAGGACAUGUGAGCAGCAGCUGCUGAACCUGAGCAUGCCAGCACGUGGCCCCUGCCUGUCGGGCUGUGCCUGUCCCCAGGGCCUGCUCAGACAUGGGGACGCGUGCUUCCCACCAGAGGAGUGUCCAUGUACCUGGAAGGGGAAGGAGUAUUUCCCUGGGGACCAGGUAGCCUCUUCCUGCCGUACCUGUGUGUGCCAGCGGGGCUCUUUCCAGUGCACCCUGCACCCCUGUGCCUCCACCUGCACCGCCUAUGGGGACCGACACUACCGCACGUUUGACGGGCUUCCAUUUGACUUUGUAGGGGCGUGCAAAGUGCACCUGGUCAAGAGUACAUCCGAGCUCAGCUUCUCUGUUAUGGUGGAGGAUGUGAGCUGCUACGGCUCCGGCGUCGUCUGCAGGAAGUCCAUCUCCAUCAACGUUGGCAGCUCACUCGUCAUCUUUGAUGAUGACUCAGGGGAUCCUAGUCCGGAGAGCUUCCUGGAUGAGAAGCAAGCUGUCCACAUCUGGAGGGCAGGCUUCUUCACGCUGGUGCAUUUCCCACGGGAACACAUCACCCUCCUGUGGGACCAGAGAACCACUGUGCACGUCCAGGCGGGCCCUCAGUGGCAGGGUCAGUUGGUGGGCCUCUGCGGGAACUUUGACUUGAAAACCAUCAAUGAGAUGCGGACCCCAGAGAACCUGGAGUUAACAAACCCCCAGGAGUUUGGUAGCAGUUGGGCUGCGGUGGAGUGCCCAGAGACCCCUGAUCCCAGGGACACGUGUGUCCUGAAUCCUCUCCGAGAGCCCUUUGCCAGGAAGGAGUGUGGUAUUCUGCUCAGUGAGGUGUUUGAGACCUGCCACCCAGUGGUUGACGUCACUUGGUUUUACUCAAACUGCUUGACGGACACAUGUGGCUGCAGCCGGGGUGGCGACUGUGAGUGCUUCUGUGCCAGCGUGGCAGCCUAUGCCCACCAGUGCUGCCAGCACGGGGUGCCCAUUGACUGGCGGACGCCCCGCAUCUGCCCAUACGACUGUGAUUUCUUCAAUAAAGCACUAGGUAAGGGUCCCUACCAGCUGUCCAGUGUGGCGGCUGGCGGUGCUCUUGUGGCCAUGAAGGCGGUAGACGGUGACAUAGCCCUUGUGAGGGCAGAGGAUCUGGCGCCAGGGGACAUUUCGAGCUUCCUGCUGACAGCUGCUCUGAACAAGGCCAAGGCCCACGACCCCGAUGUGGUGUCCCUGGAGGCAGCAAACAGACCCAACUUCUUCCUGCACACCACCGCCGAUGGCUCCGUAGGACUGGCCAAGUGGCAAGGCAGUGAAGCCUUCCAUCAGCAUGCCUCCUUCUCCCUGCACCGGGGGACGUGGCAGGCUGGUCUGGUGGCUCUGGAGUCCCUGGCAAAGCCUGGCUCCUUCCUCCAUCCGUCAGGCCUCGCGCUGGCUCUGCGGCCCUACGAACACACGGAGGCGUUUCGUGGUGGUGCGCUCUUCCAGCUGCUGGAUGCCAAACCUCUGGGGGCUGCCUACCCCAUCUGUGAGUGGCACUAUGAUGCCUGUGCCAGCCCCUGCUUCCAAACCUGCCGGGACCCACGGGCAGCCAGCUGCCAGGAUGUGCCCAGGGUAGAAGGCUGUGUCCCUGUGUGUCCCACUUCUAAGGUCCUGGAUGAAGUCACACAGAGAUGCGUCUACUUGGAAGACUGUGUGGAGCCAGCCCUGCUGAGUCCCACGGAGGCCCUUGGCAAUGAUACUCUGGCACCUGGUCAAGUGCUACCCACCACCAGUGACAAGCAGCAGCUUCCACAGGAGCCCCCUGGAGCCUCCGCCCACAGCCCCGCCCUUGUUCCAGUAGCCCCACUCACCUCAGCCCCAAACCCACCAAUGGCUGCCACUGAGGGCCCAGAGUCAUCUCCAGGAUCCACCCAACCCACGCUUCAGACACCGCUGGGGCUUACAACAUCUAACCUUCUUCCUGCUGGCCACACAGAGGCCACAGCUAGAGAGGAAGGGGCUGCCAGCCUCCUCGCCACUUCUCAUCCCCCAGGGUCCUCGUCCUCCCUCCCCGGUUCCCUGCAGACUCCCACAUCUGGCAUCAUAUCAGGCACAACAGAGACGACCAAAGUGACUGUAACCUUUGAGGGAAGUCCCAACACCACCGUCGCUUCCCGGUCACUCCCUGUACCUCGCUUCCCACUCACGACCAAAGCCGUGACAGUCCCGAGUCAUGACUCCUUUCCUGUUAAAACCACACCCCUGCAGCCCUCUUGGCUGUGGGGCCUCUCUUCCAGACCUACGACUUCCCCUGGAGCGACGUCCUGGUCCCCCACCUCCUCAGGAUCCCACCAGUCAACUGCAGUAACUAAGGUGGCAAAUCAGACAGUGACAUCCCUGUCUGUCCUGGCCCAGAACACUUCACGUUCCAGCCAGCCCCUGGCUGUGGUGAGCACAGCACACAGGGCUCCUGCCCGUCCCCUUGUCACCAAGGGCUUGGAGGCGGCGUCAGCCACAGAGCAGGGAGAAGCUGGGCCCAGCCAGCUUACAGAGUUGCCAGUGUCCCCACUCCCAAGCUCAGCCCCCAUUGACCUGCCUUACCCAGCCCAACAUCCCACCACAGCCCCCGGGCCUCCGGCUCUGUCCCCGGGGGUCCUGGCUGCCCACAGCCCUUCCACAGGUGCUCCCGGGCUAGGGGCUUCUCUAGCGCCAACUCGGCCACCCCACCUUCUCUCUGGCCUGCCUCCUGAUACCAGCCUGCCCUUGGCUAAGGUGGGCACAUCUGCCCCAGUGGCCACAGUUGGCUCCAAAGGCUAUAUUCCCACCCCUCCACCGCAGCACCAGGCCACGACUUUGGCCAUGGCCAUGACUGUGACCCCACCCACUCAGACACUCAGCCUGACCGUGCCACCCAUGUCUGCUGUGGAGGAACAGGCACACUCACCUAGCCCCAAGGCUCCCCAAGUAACAGAUAUGACUCCAGACCUGAUUCUGGGAGCCACGUUGCCAAGCUAUGGUGCCUCAGCUGUGACGGCUGGGGUGCCCCCCACAGUGUCUGUUGCCCCACGAAAGAGCACCACCCAGAGAGCAGCCCUUCUAUCUAAGAAGGUGUCUCCACCCACCCUCAUCUCUGACUCUGUCCAGGGUGGGUCCACAGAACUCACACCCACAGGGAGGAGCCAUGCCGCUGCUCCCUUGAUGACUGAGGCUGAAGGGCCCCGGGCUGGCACAGUGCCACUGGUGCCCACAACUUAUUCUCUAAGCCGAAUGUCAGCCGGGACGGCCUCCCGGGAGGGCCCGCUGGUUCUACUGCCUCAGCUGGCAGAGGCCCAUGGGACCCCAGCAGGACCCCAGGUUCAAGAGGAUCUAGUGCGCCAGGCCACCACGGAGCAGUCGGGGCGCUCGGCUCCAGCCCAGAGCCUAGCAGAGGGAUCGAUGGAGGCCAAGGUGAACACGUCUGCCACCUGUGUGCCCAUAGCUGAACAAGACUGCGUCCGUCACAUAUGCCUAGAAGGCCAGCUAAUCCGUGUGAACCAGACCCAGCACUGUCCUCACGGUGCCGUACGCCCUCGCUGUGGGGUCCUGGGCCUUGCUGUGCGGGUGGGCGGGGAUCGCUGCUGCCCACUCUGGGAAUGUGCCUGCCGAUGCUCCAUCUUCCCAGACCUGAGCUUUGUAACCUUCGAUGGCAGCCAUGCGGCUCUGUUCAAGGAGGCCGUCUACAUCCUCAGCCAGAGCCCAGACGAAGCCAUCUCCGUGCAUGUCCUGGAUUGCAAGAGUGCCAACCUGGGACAUCUGAACUGGCCCCCAUUCUGUCUGGUGAUACUGAAUGUGACGCAUCUGGCCCACCAUGUCAGCAUCGACCGCUUUAACCGGAAGGUGACUGUGGACUCUCAAGUUGUGUGGCCACCCAUGAGCCGAUAUGGCUUCCGAAUUGAGGAUACGGGGCACAUGUAUAUUGUCCGGACACCGUCACACAUCCAGAUCCAGUGGUUUCACAGCUCAGGACUCAUGAUCUUGGAAGCCAGCAAAGCCAGCAAGACCCAGGGCCGUGGCCUGUGUGGUAUCUGUGAUGGAGAGGCAGCCAAUGACCUCACUCUGAAGGAUGGCUCUGUGCUGGGCGAGGCAGAGGACCCCGCUCCCUUUCUGGACAGCUGGCAGGUGCCCAGCUCCCUGACCUCAGAGGGUCAGACCCGCUUCCGCCCAGACAGCUGUGCCACAGCUGACUGCUCGCCCUGCCUUCGCAUGGUGUCCAACCGCACCUUCAGCGCCUGCCACAGCUUCGUCUCCCCGGAGUCAUUCUGUGAGCUGUGGAUCCGGGACACCAAGUACGUGCAGCAGCCCUGUGUGGCACUCACUGUGUAUGUGGCUAUGUGUCACAAAUUCCACGUGUGCAUCGAGUGGCGGGGCUCCGACUACUGCCCCUUCCUGUGCUCCAGUGACUCUACCUACCAGGCCUGUGUGUCAGCUUGUGAACCCCCUGAAACGUGCCAGGAUGGGAUACUGGGUCCCCUGGACCCAGAGCAGUGCCAAGUGCUUGGUGAGGGCUGUGUGUGCUCGGAGGGCACCGUUCUGCACCGGCGACACUCAGCACUCUGCAUCCCUGAGGACAAAUGUGCCUGCACUGACAGCACAGGGGUGCCACGUGCUCUGGGGGAGACCUGGAACAGCUCCCUCAGUGGCUGCUGCCAGCAGCAAUGCCAGGCCCCAGAUACCAUCAUACCUGUGGACCUGGACUGCCCUGGUCCCCGACCUGAGAGUUGUCCCCGCUUUGGAGAAGUGAUCCUGUUACAGCCCACAGAGGACCCCUGCUGCCUGGGGAGUAUCUGCGUGUGUAACCAGACGCUGUGCGAGGGCCUCGCUCCCACCUGCCGCCCAGGCCACAGUCUCAUCACCCACUUCCAGGAGGAUUCCUGCUGUCCCAGCUACAGCUGCGAGUGUGACCCUGGUCUGUGUGAGAAAGAACAGGUCCCCACCUGUCGCGAGGACCAGAUCUUGAUCGAGGGCCGCCUAGGAGACACCUGCUGCACCUCCUACUUCUGUGGCUGUGGUGAGUGUCCAGACCCCAUGCCUGAGUGUCAGGAAGGAGAGGCACUCACGGUGCACAGGAACACCACGGAGCUCUGCUGCCCUCUCUAUCAGUGCGUGUGUGAGAGCUUCCGCUGCCCGCAGGUUCAGUGUGGCAUGGGCACUUCCCUGGUGGAGGUGUGGAGCCCAGACCGCUGCUGCCCCUACAAGUCCUGUGAGUGUGACUGUGACACUAUUCCUGUGCCCAGAUGCCAUCUGUGGGAAAAGUCGCAGCUGGACGAGGAGUUCAUGCACAGCGUGGAGAACGUGUGCGGCUGCGCCAAGUAUGAGUGUGUGAAAGCUCCCGUGUGCCUGAGCCGUGAACUGGGCGUGAUGCAGCCAGGCCAGACUGUGGUAGAGCUCUCGGCGGAUGGCGUGUGCCACACGUCCCGGUGCACAGACGUGCUGGACCCUCUCACCAACUUCUACCAGAUCAACAUCACCUCUGUCCUUUGUGACAUGCACUGCGAGGCGAACCAGGAGUAUGACCACCCAAGGGACCUGGCGGCCUGCUGCGGCUCCUGCAGGAACGUGUCCUGCCUCUUCACCUUCCCGAAUGGCACCACGUCCCUGUUCUUGCCUGGUGCUUCCUGGAUUGCAGACUGUGCCCGCCAUCACUGUGGCAGCACUCCCCUGGGGGCCGUGCUUGUCCGCUCGCCCAUCAGCUGCCCUCCGCUCAAUGAAACCGAGUGCGCCAAGGUCGGCGGCUCCGUGGUACCAUCCUUGGAAGGGUGCUGCAGGGCAUGUAAGGAGGACGGACGAUCUUGCAAGAAGGUGACGAUCCGCAUGACCAUCCGCAAGAAUGACUGCAGGAGUAACACCCCUGUGAACCUGGUGUCUUGUGACGGGAGGUGCCCUUCUGCCAGCAUCUACAACCACAACAUCAACACCUAUGCCCGCUUCUGCAAGUGUUGCCGUGAGCUGGGACUGCAGCGUCGCUCUGUGCAGCUCUUCUGUGCCACGAAUGCUACCUGGGUGCCUUAUACAGUACAGGAGCCUACAGACUGUGCCUGCCAGUGGUCCUGAGGCCUGGGUGCCAGGGCUGGCUGCUCACUCUCAUG